UUCAGAAGUGCACUAAAUACUUAUUUAAAUAUUUUUUCCUCAAUUUAAAUCCACAAAGCCGCCAUAUGCAAAUCUCGUACCUAUUUUAUUAUUCAGUCUACUCUAUACAGUCUACAGUCUGACAUCAUGCAUCAGGCCAACAGAGAUUAGUAAAUGCUUAAAAAUGUAUAAUUUGGUGGAGCUUUGUUUUUUGCUCAUGAUUGUUUCUGAUGUUUGUCCUAGGCGAUUUUCAAGAGUUCCACGGAUUGGGUAUCAUAAAAUUCAGCAGCAUAGUCAGUUAAACCCUCAGUUCAACACUAAACUAAGAUCUUUGAUUGUAAAGUCUCACAACUAUUUUCGGUCCAACGUAGAUCCUCCUGCCGCAGAUAUGUUAAAAAUGGUUUGGGAUCAAGAGUCUGCAAAAAUGUCCCAAAGCUGGGCCGAAAAAUGCAGAAAAUUAGAACAUACGCCUUCCCAUGGACGAUUCACUAAAAGGUUUGGAUCUUGCGGACAAAAUAUUCUAAUUGCGUCUCAUCCUGUUCCUUGGUUCUUUGUAGUUGAAUCUUGGUGGUUAGAACGUAAACAAUUUACAUUUGGUCAACGGGGGGAAAAUGAUUUAAAUCAGGUGGGACACUAUACUCAGCUUGUAUGGAAUGCUUCACACAGUGUUGGCUGUGGUUUUCACAAAUGCUCCAAUUCUUCAAGUGGAGAGAAAUAUUUUACCUACGUCUGCAACUACUGUCCAGCAGGAAAUUUUAUGAACCGGCUUGACUUCCCUUACACCAGAGGAGAACAUUGCUCUUUAUGUUCAGAUCACUGUAUCUCAAGCACGGGAAAGCUGUGUACAAAUUAUUGUCCUGUUGCUGAUUUCUGGACUAAUUGUCAGGAUUUAAUGGAUGAAAUGGAGAAUGAAUGUGGUAAAGAAGUAGAAAAAUGUGGAAUGUGUAACAGACGAUAUUAUCAGAGGAGUUGUAGAGCUACAUGUAACUGUAGAAGAAAAUUGCAUAGACAUUUCUAGCUGAUUAUAGCAAUGCUUUAUAAAUUCAUAUUAGUACAGAGUGAGCAAAAAAACAUGGAUUAGCAUUUUUUAGUCCCAAUAACAUUUUGAAAAGACUUGAAAAAGUGCUUUAGGUUAUAGUUUUUAAUUUAGAAGUAGUCGUUAAUCAUUUUUAUUAUU